UUUGUAGGAUUUAGCAAUCGACGUUUCCGCUCCCGCGAGAAUAAAAGAGGGGCCUCAACGAGAUCACUAUGAAAGGCUUAUAUUGGCAGCAGAAUUCUGAAAAAGAAAGAGAGUUCAUCUUCCUGGAAAAGGAUGGCCUUCCUAUUGUGAGUGACCACGAUGUGAAAGUGCAAGUUAAAGCCUGUGCUCUUAGCUGGAUUGAUAAAAAGUUUUUAUCAGAAAUAAAAAAAGAGAAGAAAGUUCUACCUGUUGGAAGGGAAAUUGCUGGUGUUGUGUUGGAAAUUGGAAAUAAAGUGUCUUCUUUUAAGCUUCAAGAUGAGGUAGUAGGAAUUUUACCAUUGGACUCAGAAGAAUCUGGAUUGUGUGAAGAGAUUCUAGUUCAUGAGCAUUAUUUAGUUCACAAACCUGAAAAAAUCUCCUGGAUUGAAUCAGCUGGGACCAUUCAUGACGGUCUUCGUGCAUAUACAGCUCUACAUUAUCUCUCUUAUGUUUCUGAUGGAAAGAACGUGUUGAUAAUGGAUGGUGCAAGUCCAUUUGGUACAAUAGCUAUUCAGUUAGCACAACACAGAGGAGCUAAAGUGAUUUCUACUGUGUAUAAUCUUGAAGACAAACAGUGUCUGGAAAGGUCUGUUUCUCCUGUAGUUCGGAUUAUAGAUGUCUCAAAUGGAAAAUAUGACCUGACAGAAAGUUGUUUAGAGGAGACAGGUGGUCUAGGAAUGGAUAUCAUCAUUGAUGCAGGAGUGAGACUGCAUAAUAAAGACAGUGAAACAACUUCACAACAAUUGCUACCCCACAAGCAUGACAUCAUUACAUUACUCAGUGCUGGAAGCCACUGGAUUACAACUGAAAAAAAUCUUCAGUUGGAUCCUCCAGAUUGUCGAUAUCUUUUCCUGAAAGGUGCUUCAGUUUCUUUUCUGAAUGAUGAAAUUUGGAAUUUGUCAAGUAUGCAACAAGGAAAAUAUCUAUGCAUUUUGGAAGAUGUAAUGGAGAAGUUAUCAAGUGGAGUUUUCAAGCCUCAUCUGGAUAAACCUGUACCUUUAUAUGAAGCUAAAGUUUCUAUGGAAAUAAUUCAGAAGGAUCAAGCAAAAAAAAAGCUAGUUGUCCAGCUAUGAAGUUUCUAAGGCAACUUGAACUGUAAAAAGUGAAGUUAAAUGUAUUCUGCAUAGUUGUUAAAUAUUUAUCAAUUGUUUUCAGCCAAUGCUCUGUUUUAAUUAUUAUUGAAAAUUAUUACAGAAUAACAGUUUGAACUCUUCUAUCACAUCUGAAACAGUUCUUAAUAACUAUAGGUUAACUCCCUUAUAACCUUAGAUAUAAUUCAUGUGUCUAAAAACCAUAGGACUUACCUUUGACUAUUGUGUACUGCUUUCUUUUAUUUGGCUUUUUUACUUUGAGGGGAGGGGGGUAACUGCAUGCUCAUUCCGAUGGAGAUUCCUAUUAUUGUUCUAUAAUGUCACAGAAAAUUACAUGUUUGAUCCAAGUUUAUACAAAGCAUGAAAUCAGGACAAAUUUAUAAUGAUCUAAGUAACGGCCAGGAUUUUUUUUAAAAAGAUUUCUUAGUUUUGGUUUGGCUGAGUGUUUUCUUUAAUGUUCCAUCAGUAAUAUGUAAAUGGGAAACUAUGAGCAACAUGUUGUAACUUUGUAAUUUUCCCUUUUAAAAAUGUCCCUACAUUUUGUUUCUAUCUUUAUUAGAAUUGUCACAUAAACUUCAAUGUCGUGCUCAUUUACAAAGAGCACGACAUAUUGAAAUAAACCUGAGUAAAGUUAUAAUCUUGGAAAAGCAUUUCACAAUACAAUAAAGAGAUGUCCCCAGUUCAGAUUUAAAGAAUUGGAUGUAUUAUUUGUCUUCCCUGUUUUCAACUAUCUACUUUUAAAGUUCGGUUCUUUAGAAUUUGGGAGUAUAAACCUGCAUUUGUUUAUGCAGAAGUACAAUACUUAUCCCCAAAGUGCAUAUAGAAUUUCAGAAUGUCUAAUGUUUUUAAACUGCAAUGUUUUAUUUGAUGUCUGAUCACACUUAAAAUAUAUAAUUUUGGAAUAAUCAGGACUAUUGCACCAAAUAAAGAAGAAACCUGUAACU